UUAUAAAUUUUAACCACAAACUAAUCCUUUUUUAUAUCAAAGUUAUUUUCAUAUUCACUUUUUAUUUCGAAUCAAAAUGCCAACACCACCAGUGAGCGCAUUGUCUCAAUUGAAAAAAUUGGAUCAAAAUUUGGUUAUACAAAUUAGAAAUCGUUUCCUAGCCGAAGCUAAUCAAAAUCCAAAACUUUAUGAAUCAGAAGAUUUAGAACAGAUUCAAAAUAAUGAUUGGCAAGUUCAACGUUUUCUAUUGGAAUGUAAACAAGACAUAGAACAUUCGUAUGAAUCACUUCGAAAUGCUAUGAAAUGGCGUCGAGAAGAAGGUAUUUAUCAAUGUUCGCCUGCCGAUUUUCCAGCAGAAUAUUAUCAAAGUGGUUAUAUUUUUCGUCAUGGUCGUGAUAAAAAUGGUGCAAUCGUACUUUAUUUUCGUGCCAACAUUCAUCGAAAAACAAAUGAAUGGAAUUCCAGAUUGAAAAAAUUUUUCAUCUAUCAAGUCGAACAAAUUGAUCGUAAUUGUGAUGGUAAAGGUGUUACAUUAGUAAUCGAUUGUUCAAAUAUUGGAGUAUCGAAUGUUGAUAUGGACAUGCUGAAAUUUAUUGUAACAUCAUUUUCGAAAUAUUAUCCUAAAUUAUUUGAUGCAAUUAUUAUUCAUCAGUUACCGUUUUUGUUACAAUACAUUUUUAAAUUGGUACAAACAUGGUUACCUGAAGAUGAUCGAAAAUUUUUCCAUAUGACCAACAAUAAAACAAUAACCGAUUAUAUCGAUAAAAACCAAUUACCAUCAUUUUUAUUGGAUAUCAAAAUAGCCAACGAACAAUGGCGUUCAUUACCAGCCACAACCGAUGUUGAAGGUCCAAUUCUACCUGCUGAUCAAUUUGUACAACGUUAUGGAUCAAAAUUUGAAAUCAACAAUCCAAAAGAUAGUGAAAAAUUGAGCUAUCUCAAAGCUUAUCUUAUAUAAUCAUAAUGAUCGUGAUUUCUAAUAAUAAAAAAAAAGUUAAAACAUUU